UUCUUGAGGAUAUUCGUUCAUUUCAUUCAGCCUCUAUCCCCCCCCCUGACUUUAUAGUAAUCAUCUCACCGAUAUUUGGAUUCUACAAAGUUUCACACAUUACAGAUUAUGGAUGAUAAAAGCCACACAUUCGAAUAAGGAAAAGAGAACAACGACGAGCAAAUUCAAGGAGCAAAGAAGAAAGAAAGAAAGAAAGAGUCUUUUGAAACAUCCGAAAGGGGGAGGAGAGGAAGGUUGACGUUGGUCACUGGACUUUAUCGAAUCAAUCUUCAGUCACGGAUAUCAGUGAGAGCAAGCAAGCAAAACUUGUGUCAGACAAGGAAUUGGGCUUGCAUGAGUGAAGUUAGAUCAAAUCGCAACCGCUCAAUCCUUCCUCAUAUUAUCAACCUCAAUAUUCCUUUUCUCGUGCUCGAAAUUCCGGAGAUCACGGCGAUCAUUUUGAUCCAAAAGCCAUUAAAUCCAAGCGCAUUCAGGCCCUUUCUUUGGACAACAGGCUUUCAAUCCUCAUCAGGAGGUCUAGUCCCGAGUCUCCAGGACGGAACCCUCGAAUUAUCUUCAGGGCCUUCUGGAUCUUUCGAGCGUUGAUUGGGCUCCAAUUUCAUUCGAGGAGUAAUUUCCAGUAUUUUCACAGCAUUCCCGA